CUGCAUGUCGGACUUUUGUGCUUUUCACAAAAAAUGAAGUGCAUAUAUAUAUAUAUAUAUAUAUAUAUAUGUGUGUGUGUAUAUAUGUAUAUGGCGAGUAGUAGGCAUAAGAUCACUUGAGGAAAUUUCAUGGCUGAUCAGGAUAUGAUCACCUACGUUGCGGUGGGAAAAGAUGUGAAAGACUGCAAAUCAAUCCUGUCUUGGGCCAUAGAGAACAACGUCCGAGGAAGCAGGAUUUGCAUCAUUCAUGUUCACAAGCCUGCAAAGCUGUUCCCUUUAGUGCGAAGCUUAAUGACGGAAAGGAAGGUCAGAGAACGCCUGGAAAGUGGUACACAAAGUAUGCAUGCAAUCAUGGAGGAAUACUUUGUUUUCUGCCAACAAAAGGGGGUACAGGCACAAACGCAAACCAUUGAAAUGAACUCUAUUAGGGAGGGAAUCGUAAAACUCAUCUCUAAAUAUGGGAUCAGGAAGCUUGUCAUAGGAUCAACAUCGGCCAAUCACUAUAAAAGAAAAGUGGAAGUGGGGUCUAAGAAAGCGAAGUAUGUGUGUAAAACUGCACCUCUCUCGUGUCAAGUACAAGUCAUUUGCAAGGGCCACCUCAUAUUUACCAGGGAAGCAAGUGCAACAGACACUGAAACUGGACAAUCAAACCUAAAUAGAUCACGGUCUGGUCCUUCGGGGUACAACAACAGGGUCGGCAGUCCCUUAAUUGAAUGCUCAGACUUCCCCAAAUUACGGUCUGUUACGGUUGGGCGCAAUAGGAGCACUCCUCUGGCUGCUCUAAUUGCUUCUUUCCCGGAACGUUCUAAAGAGCUUUCAUCUCCAGCGAGUCCUGGGGAUUCUAGUUACUCAGCACGCUCUCCCACAAGACCGGUUGAAAUAACUCUAAAUGGAUGGAAUGAUAGAAAUGGCAAAGCAUUGCAGUAUAGCUGCUCAAUCUCUCCGCCGGCAGCUUUGGAUUAUUCAAGAAGCUCUUCUACUCUGGAUCUCGCUCCUUCAGUUGUGCAACAAAGUCCGAGGUUGAUUUCCAGUUCAAGUAACAUAUCAACUUCUUCUAAUGGAGCUCACAAUGUUGUGCAGGAGCGGAGCUUAGAAGAGCAGCUUCAACAAGCGAUGGCAGCUUUAAAAAAAGAGGCACUCGUGCGUCAAAGAGCAGAGGGAUAUAUGAUUGACGCUAUACGAAGAGCCCAAGAUGCAGAGAAUCAGAGAGACAACUACAUAGAAGAACUAUGGAUUUCCAAAGAACAGGAAACAUCAUUAAAGAGCCAACUUGCAGAGUUACAGAAAGAAAGGGAUGAAUUGCAGAUGGAGCGUGAUCAUGCACUGAAAGAAGCUGAAGGGCUAAAGAAAAAAGAAGAGGACUCAAAUGGACACAUGCUCGAGCUACCUGAAUUCUCCCUUUCUAAAAUUGCAGAAGUUACUCAAGGAUUUCAUGAAUCCCAGAAAAUUGGACAAGGAGGAUAUGGUAACAUUUAUAUAGGUCGCCUCCAAACUGAGGUAGCUAUAAAGAUGUUACAUUCUCAUGGCUCCCAAGGCUCCCAAGAGUUCCAAAUGGAGGUUAAUGUAUUGGGUCAGUUGAGGCACCCCAAUCUUGUGAAACUCAUUGGAUCUUGCCCCGAAGCUUUUGCACUCAUCUAUGAAUAUCUUCCUAAUGGAAGUCUUGAAGAUCGACUCAAAUGCAAGGACAACAGUCCUCCAUUGUCAUGGCAAACUCGACUACGGAUCGCCAUAGAGCUAUGCUCUGUCCUCGUGUAUCUUCAUUCCAGUACUCGACCUCGCACCAUAGUGCAUGGAGAUUUGAAACCAGCCAAUAUUCUCCUUGAUUCCAACUAUGUAUGUAAACUUAGUGACUUUGGAAUUUGCCGUGUGUUAAGCCGCGAUCGAAGUUCAAGUGACAGUGUAACACUGAGUCAUAACACUGUCCCAAAGGGAACUUUGCCUUACUUAGAUCCUGAAUUUCUUCAAAGAGGAGUUCUUACUGUGAAGUCAGAUGUUUACUCCUUUGGAAUCAUUUUACUGCAAUUGUUGACAGGGAAAUCACCACCCUACUCUAUAGUAGAUGAAGUCAACUCUGCCUUACUUGCAGGCAAUUUUGAAUCCCUUUUGGAUCCUUCGGCUGGACGUUGGCCAUUGGAGGUUGCUCAAUCUUUGGCUGAAUUGGCACUGAUGUGUUCUGACAAUUACAGAAAAAGGAGACCAGAUCUUGGGACUCGUGUCUUGGAGCUACUCGAAUCAUUAAGGGAUCCAACAUGAGGCACUUGAAAGGAUUAUCAGCCAAGUUGGAGCUUGGCUAUAAAUUGUUAAAUGUUGUGUGAUUUGAUUAAUUGUCAAGUAUUUUUGCAGGAAUAUGGAUGUUUGAGUGGUAUUUGUAGGUGAGAGUCUAUUCUAAAACUCCAUUGAACUAUGAGUUGUUUGAAUAAAUAUUUUUGGAUAAUAUUUAUAAAGAAAUGAUUUGUACAUGCCUCAAAUAGAUAUGCUCUAACACAGAUCUUUGUAAAAAAAGUGGACCACUCCUUAAAACAUUAUUAUCAAGUGUUAUCGACGGAGGUGGAGCUAGCUAGUUGGCUGCUAAACAAAAAAAAUUGUUUGCUGA